AUGAAGAGAAGAAGGAAUUAAAAAAUAUAUAAAUUUAAUAAAUCAUAAAAUGAUUAAAACAAAUCUUUUGGGGUUUCUUUUGUAAAAUAAACCAAAUUUGAUUUUUAUAUAAUUUACUCUUAUAUAUAAAUCAAAUUUAGUAGAUAAAAAUUGAUAAACAUUUACUUAAUAUUGCUUAAAAUUAUUAUAGAUUUAAAGUCUUAUUUAUUUNUGAAAUUAAUAUUUUUAUGGGACAGAAAAUCAGAUAUUGAAUAAGCAGCUAAACCAGUAAAGUGGGCAAAUCCAUUGAUUAGAUUAAAUUAUGUUUCUGGAGAUACGAGAGUUAAAAUGCUUGCUAAGAAAUUUAGAUCAACAGUAAAACUUACGAUGGCUAAUUUGGAUACAUAAAAAUAAAAAUGGGAAAAAUUAUCAUUGCAUGAGAAAGCCAGAGCAAUAAUUAUCUAUCCAUUAUAAAUGAUAUUAAAAUUUACUUUACCAAAGCCUUAAGAAGAUCAAUUUGACAAAAAUUAAGCUUUAAGUAAUUAAUUAAUUUUAUGCAUAUUUUAUUAUAGUUUUCCCAAUACCUGGAUCAAUUUUCUUUGUUUCUGUUGUUUUUAGUUUCCCUGCUUGGUGGGUUUACUUUUUAGCAUUAAUGUGUGGAUUUGGAAUAUCAAUUUUUAUUAAUACUACUACUCCUUCUUAAAGAAGUCCUCCUUAAUAUUUUUUUUAUAUCCAAUUAUAUUGUAUUUUAGGUUCAUUAGUUUGGAUAUUCUUUUUAUCUGGAUUACUAAUAGAUUUCUUAUAAUUUUGGGCUAUAAUAACAGAAUUGAAUAAGACAUUUUUGGGAUUCAGUUUAAUAGCUAUGGGAAAUGUAUUACCUGAUUGCAUCACUUUGGUUUCUUUAGCAGAAGAAGGUUAUGGUAUAUUAUUAAUAUUAAUAAUAGCAAUAAUGGCAUUAAAUGGAAUAUAUUGUAAUUGAUUUAACUAAUACGAUAGUUGGUUAAAUGUUUACUAAUUUGAUUGGAUUUAGUGUUGCAUUUCUUAAACAAAACUUUGUAAAUUCAGGACCAAUCAAAUUCAAUUUAUUUAGUAUUAUAGACAUAGAAUAAAAUGCUUUUAAAUUAAUGGUCAUUUUAGCUGCAUUUCUUAAUCUUAUAUUUACAUUAAUUAUGGUAGUUCGUAAUCAUUAUAUAAUUACCAAAUAUAUAGCUAAGGUACUAACAAUUUUUUAUUGUGUAUUUUUUAUCUUGUCAUCUUUAUCUGCUUUUUAUCAUUCAUGGAUAAAGAAAUGA